CGGCCCUGUCAACUUAUGAUUGGCCCUCACGUGUUUAAACGGGGCGUGAGGGGGCGGGGCCUGCUGCGAGGGGAAGCUCAUUAAGAAGAGAAGAGAAGACGGUCGGCUUCAGGCACAGCAUCGUCCCCGCAGCUCCUUCACUUGUGACUCAAAGUUGAGGCAAAGAUGGCUAACUCCUUCACGCGCCUGAUGUCGGGCCGCAACACCACCGCCCUACUGGCCACCCUGGGGGCGGGCACCGUGGCGACCGGCUUCCUGUUGAGCGACAGCAGCUCUCUGGCGGCGGAGGCGAGGAAGAAGCUCUAUCCGACCAGCUCUGACUUCCCCGACCUGCGCAAACACAACAACUGCAUGGCGACGGCGCUGACGCCCGCCAUUUACUCCAAACUGCGGGACGAGGUCACCCCCAACAACUGGACCUUGGACCAGUGCAUCCAGACGGGCGUGGACAACCCCGGGCACCCGUUCAUCAAGACCGUGGGCUGCGUGGCUGGCGACGAGGAGAGCUAUCAGGUGUUUGCGGAUCUCUUUGACCCGGUCAUAAAAGACCGCCACAACGGCUAUGACCCCAGAACCAUGAUCCACCCCACGGACCUGGACGCCUCUAAGCUGACUAACGGCACGUUUGACGACAACUACGUGCUGUCGUCUCGCGUGCGCACGGGCCGCAGCAUCCGCGGCCUCAGCCUCCCGCCCGCCUGCAGCCGGGCGGAGCGCCGCGAGGUAGAGCGCGUGGCCGUCACGGCGCUGGCCGGCCUCAAGGGGGACCUGGCGGGGCGCUACUACAGCCUGGGCGAGAUGACCGACAGCGAGCAGCAGCAGCUUAUCGACGACCACUUCCUGUUCGACAAGCCCGUGUCUCCUUUACUCACCUCGGCCUUCAUGGCCCGAGACUGGCCUGAUGCCAGGGGCAUCUGGCACAACAACGAGAAGACCUUCCUGAUCUGGAUCAACGAGGAGGACCACACCAGAGUCAUCUCCAUGGAGAAGGGGGGCAACAUGAAGAGGGUCUUUGAGAGAUUCUGCAGAGGACUCAAGCAGGUAGAACAUCUGAUCCAAGAGAGGGGCUGGGAGUUCAUGUGGAACCAACAUCUGGGCUACAUCCUCACGUGCCCCUCCAACCUGGGCACCGGCCUCAGGGCGGGCGUGCAUGUGCGCCUUCCCAAACUCAGCAAGGAUCCUCGCUUCGCCAAGAUCCUGGACAACUUGCGUCUGCAGAAGAGGGGCACGGGCGGCGUGGACACGGCGGCCACGGGCGACACUUUCGACAUCUCCAACAACGACCGCCUGGGCAAGUCGGAGGUGGAGCUGGUGCAGCUGGUGGUGGACGGCGUCAACUUCCUGAUCGAAUGCGAGAAGAGGCUGGAGAAGGGCCAGGACAUCAAGGUCCCGCCUCCCAUCGCCAUGUUUCGCAAAUAGACGAUUGAUGCUUCUACCUCAUGCUCUACUCACACAUCAGUAAAAGCACGACAAUAUGCUUUCA